UUAAAUAACAUGUAUCACGUGAUAAUGAAUUAUUAAAUCAUCGGGGGUUAAAUUGGUCUUGUUUUGCCUACAGACUUUUCUCCCAACGGAAUACUUUAGUGCCUGGAUUUAAAUAUAUUGGCAAAUUUAGUUGAUAAUCGUCAUUUGAAGAUCUAGCAAUACGAUGUCCGGAGAAAAUGGUCAAGAUUCUUCACAGAAUACCAGAAAUGGAGAUAAUGAAAGUUCUGCACAUAGCAACAUUGAUGGUGAUAUAAGAAGAGCGGAGGAAUUAGUGAAAGAAAAAGAGAAACAAAUAGAAGGCCUUAAAGAGAAAAUUAUUGCAGCACAUGAAAACUUGAGGGUAGUUGAAGAAAACACAAAGUCAAAAGAAAAUGACUUUAAAACGUUUUCAGAUAAAGUAAAAACACAAGAGAGUUCACUGAAGUCCUGUAAUGACCAAUUGGCUAGUGCUAAAACAGAACUUAAUAAAACUACCGAAAGACACAAACGAGUAGCAGACGACCUCGCAAGAUUAGACGAAAGCAAUUCUCUCAACAGAGAUUUACAACAGAUGCUGACUAAGGAGAACAAAACAAAUGAGAAAAAGCAACAGGAAUUAAACGCACAAAAUGUAAAAAUCACUUCAAUAGAUGCCGAUCGAAGACAAAAAGAAGAAAAAAUAAAACAACUGACAGCAGAAUUGCGUCAAGUUCGUGAAGUUCAUGAAAAAUAUAAGAUACAAAUAGAGACUGCAUUAGGUAAUCUACAAAGCAAGCUACAACUUCAGGAAAGAACCAUCAAAAUAAAGGAAGAUGAUGCCAAAUCUAAAAAGUUGCAAAUUGAUAAGUUACAAGAGAAUAAACAGCAAUUGGAAGGUCAGAUACUACAGCUCACCUUGGCUUUCAAACAGAAGGAAAUGGAACUACAAAAAGAAUCCUCAGAACAUCAGAAUACAGAGUUUAAGCUUGAUCAACAAUUGAAAGAAGAGUUUCGGUUAAAAUCACAAUUAAAAUCCAAGGAAAGUGAAAUAGAAGUUUUACAAGAUGAGGUAGUAAAUGUUAAUGUUUAUGCAAAUAACCUUACCAUACAAUAUCAAGAAUUGCCAGAGAAGGUAGCACAGUUUAGAAAGAUAGAGGAAACUAGCAGUUAUCUUCGAGAAGAAAAUGCUGAACUUCUGGAGCAAAUAAAAGAUGCUAAUCGUUUGCAGUCAGUAGUUACAAAUCUCAGAGAACAAAAUGAAUCAUAUUUCAAGGAUAAGGAAUCAUUCCGAGAAAGAAAUAAAGUUAUGGAGGAAAAAUACAGAGAAAUAUUACAACAGUAUGGUCAACAAAUGGAAGAAUCUCAAACUUUUAUGGGACAAAAAGUCAGUUUAAAAACACAACUCAAACAGAAGAGUGAUGAAGUAAACGCUUUGACCAACAAACUUAAAGAACUUUUUGGGAAAGUGCAAUCUCUAGAAACCGCUUUAGUAGAGUCUCAUAGGGAAUUAUGGGAAGCAAGAGCUCAUGUUCGUCCACAAACAGUAACCGACAACUUUGGUAUCUUUGGAAAUUCGAACACAAAUUUAUACAAUAGAACAAUACCACAAAAUGAUUCAGGAUAUGCAGACAAUUCCCCUAGUCAUUCCCGACCAAUGGAACAAAGGAGGAACAAUAAUGGUACACCUUGAGAUUCGAUAGUUUUGUGAUUGAUUAGGGUCAAAGAUUAUGAAAGUUUUACACAAAUGUUAUAUCAAAAUGGUACUACUUUUAAUUAUGUACUAUUGAAAAUAAAGUUAAACAU